AUGGCAAAGGUAUCAACCUCUGAACCAGUUGAAGGACAUCACGUUUCUUUCAUUCUUCCCACUGAGCAUUCUUCUUCUAGUCGAACUCCGUCUGUAACAUCUAUUACUUCCGUAAAUUGCACCUUAAAACAACCACGCUAUCAUAAUUUAUAUCAACCAUCAUGGCGUGAACAACUAGCUGUUAAACUUAAUAACUCUAAAGUUGGUAGCAUUUGGAAAUUAGUGGACGCCUUUUUAAAUAUAAUGCUAUGUGUGAUUUAUAUCUCUCACACUGCGUACAUGAAGGUAGCGUUGCCGAAAUUCAACGUGAUCGUUGAAUCCGUAUUGGCAAUAUUGUUACUCUUGGAAUAUAUUCCAAAGUUUUAUAUUUAUAAAUUUGAAUCUUGGCGUUCACUCUUUACCGGAGUUUCACCGAUUCUUACUGUUCUAACGGUUUAUCCCGUGUUAAUUACCGCUUUGGAUCCGGUGCUUAACGAAACCCGUUAUAUUGUCUUUUUUUAUCCUUUCCGAUUUAUUCGUUGUUAUUUUUCAGUAUAUGAUUGUUUGGUUAGAAGUGAAAAGUCCGUUAUAAAGAUUGGACAGGUCACUAGUAGAGUGUUGAUAUUUUUGGAAUCAAUUCUAUUUCUGGUGUUAGCUGGCUCUUCUUUGUUAUAUGCUUUAUUCUUUACAACAAUUAUGUUGGGAACUGUUGGUUAUUUAAGUGAUAUAAUACCCGAUAAUGCAUUUCCAAGGGUUCUUCUCAUGGUGAUAUUUAUUAUGGGUUUGAUAUUUAUUCCGUAUUCCAUAACAGAAUUGACUUCUUUGAUAAGAUCUAAAUCAGUUUAUGACAAGCCAUUCCGAAAGAUUUCGAAACAACCACAUGUCAUUAUAAUAGCGCCUACAAUAGAGUUACCUUCGUUAAGACAUUUUUUGAAAGAAUUUUAUUCUUUAGCACAUGGUACCGCUACUGUCAACACUAAGGUGGUAAUCUUAAAUUCUACGGAUCCUACUGAUCGCGUGAGAACUUUUUUGUCAGAUCCAGUUUUUGCUCAUCGUGUACAAUAUAUUCGAGGAAGUUCUCUUGAAGCACGUUAUUUAGAAAAAUCCAAAGCAGCAAACGCAUCAGCAUAUUUCAUUCUUGCAAAGAAAUAUACACAACAGAAUCCAGAACAAAUAAUUUGUAUUGAUGAAUUAAAAUUGGGAAUUCUUGCUCAUUCAUGCCUGACUCCAGGAUUCUCAUCACUUUUAUAUGGACUUACAACUUCAUUUACUUCGGAAUCUGCACAGCAAUUAAGAAAUGAGGCCAAAAAACGUUGUUCCUCAAGUGUGUUGGAUGUUGAAGCUAUUGAGGAUUACAUUACUGGAAUUUCCCAAUCAAUUUACACGACUACAUUGUCUGAAUGUUUUCCUGGGGAAACUUUCUUGGUUGUGUCUGAACGUCUUUAUGAGAGUCUAGGAGUUGUAUUGUUUGCAAUUGGAAUUCCAAAGCAACGAUCAACUAGUGAAUACACUAAUCAUUGGGUGUUCGAUUCAAAUGAAUUUGAUGAAGAAGAAUAUUCCAAAAAUUUCAUUGUAUUAAUAAAUCCGGGUGAUUAUAUUGUUAAAGGUGAUGAAAUAGGAUUUAUUAUCGCAUCAGAUGGUAAACUAGUUGAUGGAAUAUCAACUUAUGAGUUACAUCAUUCUCAAAGAUCUAAUCCCAUUUCCAAUUAUGAGCAACAUACAUUUUCAGAAAGACAAUCUUUAUUAUCAGGGGAUACAUUAAAAAAUAGUGGUGGUGGUUCUUAUUUCGAUAUUAAGAAAAAACCCCAAACAUCAGUUUCGACACAUGAUCAACAAUAUGAAUAUCCUCAUAGACCUGACUCUUCUAUAGCAAGACGUCAACGUGCACUUUCAACACCUAUGUCUUUAUCCACAGAUCAUCCACACGAGAAUCCCCAUUUUGAGCACUCAACAACUUCCUUUAAUACAUCCUUCCCCGUUAUUCACGAAAUUGAAAGUUCUUACUCUAUAAUAGAAACAAUAACCGGUCAUAUUCUUUUAUGUGAUUAUUCAUCAAUAUUUCCUCGUAACCUGGAUUGUUUUGUUAGUCCACUGCGUAAAUCACAUUUAGAUAAAAUAACUCCCGUUGUGAUUUUAUCGCCAGCGAGGCCAUCCCGAAGUCAAUGGAAGAUAUUGAGCCGAUUUGAUCAUGUUUAUUUUGUCGAAGGAAAUCCAAUGACAAGAGAAGGUUUAGAGAGUGGUCGAGUUAAAUACGCAAAGCAGGCUGCAAUGUGCAAAGAAGAUAUUGACGUAUUUGUGGAGUUCGUGCACAUGGAUAACAUGAAAUUUAUGUCUGAGGAUGCUUCGUCCAUUGAUAAAAACAUGAAACCCCAUCAUUCUCCAGCUUUUAUGGCCGGAACAUGCUUUUCAUUAUCAAUGUUGGACAGUAUUAUUUGUCAAUCAUUUUAUCAACCACAUCUUGUUUCCAUCAUUCAUCAAAUGCUUUUUAGUGCACCUCCAUUACAUCUUCCAUCUGGAGCAACGUGUCCUGCACCUUCUCAUUCACACUUUUUCCAAAUUCCAGUCCCUCAUGCAUUUGUAGGAUAUCGAUAUGGAGCUUUGUUUCACUUCUUGUCAAAUGAGAAAAAGGCUAUACCCUUAGGGUUAUAUCGUACUAAAAGUGUAAAAACUUCUAAUGGGAAUAUAAAAGAUGUGAAGUAUAUUUAUACAUGUCCAAAAUAUCACACUUUAUUGAAGGAAACUGAUAAAGUAUUUGUAUUAAGUAAAAGAAUGCCCAUAAUUUCAGAGAAAGCUUAA